CUGGCAGAGGUGUGAAUGAGCGGUGGAGACACGCGUGCCGCACACCGGCCGCGAGCUGGUCUCGGGAUGGCUGCCGCUCACGGACCUGUGGCUACUUCUUCCCCAGAACAGAAUGGUGCUGUGCCCAGCGAGGCCACUAAGAAGGACCAGAACCUCACACGGGGCAACUGGGGCAACCAGAUCGAGUUUGUACUGACGAGCGUGGGCUAUGCCGUGGGCCUGGGCAAUGUCUGGCGCUUCCCAUACCUCUGCUAUCGCAACGGGGGAGGCGCCUUCAUGUUCCCUUACUUCAUCAUGCUGAUCUUCUGCGGAAUCCCCCUCUUCUUCAUGGAGCUUUCCUUCGGCCAGUUUGCAAGCCAGGGCUGCCUGGGGGUCUGGAGGAUCAGCCCCAUGUUCAAAGGCGUGGGCUACGGCAUGAUGGUGGUGUCCACGUACAUCGGCAUCUACUACAACGUGGUCAUCUGCAUCGCCUUCUACUACUUCUUCUCCUCCAUGACGCACGUGCUGCCCUGGGCUUACUGCGAUAACCCCUGGAACACGCCUGACUGUGCCGGUGUGCUGGAUGCUUCUAACCUCACCAAUGGCUCCCGGCCCGCUGCCCUGUCCGGAAACCUGUCUCAUCUGUUCAACUACACCCUGCAAAGGACCAGCCCCAGCGAGGAGUAUUGGAGGCUGUAUGUGCUGAAGCUGUCAGAUGACAUUGGAAACUUUGGGGAGGUGCGGCUUCCCCUCCUAGGCUGCCUCGGUGUCUCCUGGGUGGUCGUCUUCCUCUGCCUCAUCCGAGGAGUCAAGUCUUCAGGGAAAGUGGUGUACUUCACGGCCACGUUCCCCUAUGUGGUGCUGACCAUUCUGUUUGUCCGCGGCGUGACCCUGGAAGGAGCCUUCACGGGUAUCAUGUACUACCUGACCCCACAGUGGGACAAGAUCCUGGAGGCCAAGGUGUGGGGGGACGCUGCCUCUCAGAUCUUCUAUUCCCUGGGCUGUGCAUGGGGUGGACUCAUCACCAUGGCAUCCUACAAUAAAUUCCACAACAACUGCUACCGGGACAGCGUCAUCAUCAGCAUCACCAACUGUGCUACCAGUGUCUAUGCUGGCUUCGUCAUCUUCUCCAUCCUAGGCUUCAUGGCCAAUCACCUGGGUGUGGAUGUGUCCCGAGUGGCAGACCAUGGUCCUGGGCUAGCUUUCGUAGCUUACCCUGAGGCCCUCACGCUGCUUCCAAUCUCCCCACUCUGGUCCCUACUGUUUUUCUUCAUGCUCAUCUUGCUGGGGCUGGGUACUCAGUUCUGCCUCCUAGAGACCCUAGUCACCGCCAUCGUGGAUGAGGUGGGGAAUGAGUGGAUUCUGCAGAAAAAGACCUACGUGACCUUGGGUGUGGCUGUGGCUGGCUUCUUGCUGGGCAUCCCCCUUACCAGCCAGGCAGGCAUCUACUGGCUGCUGCUGAUGGACAACUAUGCAGCCAGCUUCUCCUUGGUUGUCAUCUCCUGCAUCAUGUGCGUGUCCAUCAUGUACAUCUAUGGGCACCGAAACUACUUCCAGGACAUCCAAAUGAUGCUGGGAUUCCCACCGCCUCUCUUCUUCCAGAUCUGUUGGCGCUUCGUCUCUCCAGCUAUCAUCUUCUUCAUUCUCAUCUUCACCGUGAUCCAAUACCGGCCAAUCACCUACAACCACUACCAGUAUCCAGGCUGGGCUGUGGCCAUCGGCUUCCUCAUGGCUUUGUCGUCCGUCAUCUGCAUCCCGUUGUAUGCGCUGUUCCAGCUCUGCCGCACAGACGGGGACACACUUCUUCAGCGUUUGAAAAAUGCCACAAAGCCAAGCAGAGACUGGGGCCCUGCCCUCCUGGAGCACCGGACUGGGCGCUAUGCCCCCACUACAGCCCCCUCCCCUGAAGAUGGGUUUGAGGUCCAGCCACUGCACCCGGACAAGGCCCAGAUCCCCAUCGUGGGCAGCAAUGGCUCCAGCCGCCUCCAGGACUCCCGGAUAUGAGCACAGUUGUUGUUGCAAGGGGGAGAGGCCCCACCCAACCCUUGCUCCCACCACAGAGACUGGGGAGGCAGUGGACAGGUGUGGCUGCCUGCCCCGUCAUGGCCCUGGCCAGGAUGGCUGCCGUCACCUUGGCCACCGCUGCUAGUGCAGACGUUUGUGCUCAUGUCCCCAGUGUUUACGCGUCCUUCAGAUGCCAAGUCAGCAGC